GCCUGGAGGCGCAGCCCGAGCCCGGGCCCAGCGCGGCCAGCAGCCCAGCGGAGGGGCUGCGCAGGCGCAGGUCCCACUCGCCGGCGCUGGAGCGUGGCGGCGGCAGCUUGAACCCCGACCGGAGGCGCAGGCGCACUUCCCCGCCAUGGCGUUGGGCAGGUGUUGGAGACCCUGCGAAACCGGUUGGCCUGGCUUUUCUCGUGCUGAGGCGGGGACGGCUCCUCGCCUGACGGCUGGAAGCCUGGGGGUUGCAGAAUGGUGGUGGCGAAGUCUGAGACCCGAAGGGACGCUUCCGCCUACUUCCGUACAGCCAGGCCCCUGCCCUCGCUCAUCACGGGCCUAGGACUGGGAUUCUUCGCGUGGGUUAUCUUCUGGCCUCAGAGUGUCCCCUAUCAGAGCCUUGGGCUCCUGGGCUCCUUCACGCAGCACCUGGUGGACCGUUAUCCCACACUCCUGCACAAUGGGUAUUGGCUUGCCUGGCUGGUUCACGUGGCAGAGUCCGUGUAUGCCAUGGUGCUGUGCAAGUCUAAAGGAAUCACCGACAGCCGGGCCCAGCUGCUCUGGUUCCUGCAGACUUUCCUCUUUGGGGUAGCAUCUCUUUCCAUCUUGCUCGCUUAUAGACCGAAGCGUCAAAAACAAAAUUAAAAGAAGCUAUUCAGAAGCUUUCUCUACAGUUUUACAUUCAAACACUUUUUUACGUGCUGUUUUUACUCAGUGAUAUUUCUACUUUUGUAACGUGUCUGUCCCUCUAAGCUGUGUAGAACCCUGAAGUGUUCCAUUUUCCCUAAGCAGAUUGGAUGAGGCUUCCAGUGCUGUCAGCUGGGCUGAGACCCGCACAAGACUUGCUUGUUGAGUUUUCUUUGCUCCUGCCAGCUCAUUAAUACCUUGCCCUCACUACCAGCUCUCCCUCAAAAUGCUCCCCACCUUUCUGGACCAAGAUACAGGACACCUCCACAAUACAUUAAAUUCUUUACACAUUGAUUAAGCUCCCGUAAGGCAGCAUAUCAGCCUUUCAAACUUCUAUUUCUGAAAUU